GUUGAAGAGAAGCUUCAGGAGGAUUCCAGAAGGAAAUUGCUUCAGCUGCAAGAAAUGGGGAACAGAGAAAACCUCAUUAAAGCCAAUUUGGAAAGGGCAGUAGGUCAGCUGGAGCUUUUCAGAAGUCAGGUCAUCAAGGCCAGCUACGGACGCGUGAAACCGUUCCAGGACAAACCUGUCUCCGAUCAGCAGCUAAUAAAGAAGAUCACCAGGGUCACAGAGGACAACAUCAACUUUCAGCAGAAAAAGUGGACCCUGCAGAAGAAGACCCAGCUCAGCAGCUCCAAACAGGAGGAAAUCACAGAGAACAUCGAGAAGCUGAAGACAUCCUUAGACAGUUGCCAGGCGUGCAUGAAAAUGUCUUGCUGUAGCAAUGACCUGAAGAAGGAGGUCGACCUCCUGCAGCACCUGCAGGUGAGCCCACCUGUCUCAGGCCUCCGGAAGGUGGCGCUGGACAUCUUGCGCCUGUCAGUGUCCUGGCUGGAGGAAACGGAGCAUCUCCUCCACGAGGUGGGGAUCCAGUUCUCCAGCUCCGACAAAGGAUUGUCUUUGUAUCUGAAAUACCUUCUGGAACAUUAUAAAAAAAUUACAAGCCGGACCCAGGAACUUCAGAUCAAGAUCAACAGUUCUCAGGAAACUCAGCAGUAUCUGCUGCAAGAAAAGUUACAGCAGCAUCUGGCAGAGAAGGAGAAGCUGACCGAGGAAAGGCUACGGCAAGAGGAGAAGCUGGAAGCCAGAGUCAAGCGGCUAACGGAAGAGAAAUCGGCUUUGGAGGAAACCAUUUCUCAGGAGAAAAGCAGAGCGAAGGAAGCAUUAGAAGAGGAACAGAGCAAAGUCCAAGAGCUGGAGAAUCGCUUAACCCGCCAGAAGGAGAUUUUGGAGAGCAGCAUUGCCCAUGAGAAAAGAAAAGCAAAGGAAGGCUUAGAGACAGAAAAGAGAAAAGUGCGAGAUCUGGAGAACCACUUAACCCAGCAGAAGGAGAUUUCAGAGAGCAGCAUCGCCUACGAGAAACACAAAGCAGAGGAGGCCGUAGAGAAGGAAAAGAAAAAGGUGCAAGAUCUGGAGAACCGCAUAACCAAGCAGAAGGAGGAAAUAGAUUUUAAAAUGCAAAAAGAAGACAUUUUAAAUAAUAAAUUAAAUGAUGCACUGGCCAUGGUAGAAAAGACUCAGAAAACAAAGACGGCUGAAAGUCUAAAAGCAGAGAGCCUCACCAUGAAAUUAAGUGAAACAUUAGCUGAACUGGAAACUGCCAAGAUGAAAAUGAUCAUGAUGGAGGAGCGGAUGCAGCUGCAACAGCACACAGUAAGGGCCCUCCAAGAAGAACAGGAGUCACAGAAGCACAGAUUUGAAAAACAGAUCAUGGAAUACAAGGAGCAAAUCAAACAGCACUCCCAGACGAUUGUGAGUCUUGAAGAAAGACUCCAGAAAGUAACCGAACACCAUAAAAAAAGAGAAGGAGAGACUGCAGCGUUGAAGGACAGUGACCCAGCCCAGGAGGGGGAAACACAGCAAGACACCGUGGCAGCACCUCCGGUGGAGAACACCGCCAAAGACGCAGCGUGUGACCACCUGAUAGAGGAUUUAUUGACUGCUCAGAAGGAAAUCCUGUCUCAGCAGGAGAUCAUCAUGAGGUUAAGGAAGAACCUCACUGAAGCCCAUAGCCGAAUGUCAGAUCUGAGAGGAGAGCUUAACGAGAAGCAGAAGAUGGACCUGGAGCGGAAUGCGGCGCUGGCCCAGCAACAAAGCAGGGAGCUGAGUGUGCUCAGGGGAAAGAUGGCACGGAUGACCAGCCUGGUGGAGAAGAAGGACAAGGAGCUAGAGGUCCUCAAGCAGGCACUCAGGGCCUCCCAAGAGAAACACAGACUCCAGCUGCACAAGGAGAAGGAACAGAAGCCCAGGAACGCAAGCCAGAUGUGUGACAUCUCGGUGCAGAUAGAACCAAUCCACACCGAUAUUUUCUUGAGCAGCCAGGAGGAGCAGACCUUCAGUGAUCUAGGGGCCAAGUGCAAAGGGUCCCGACAUGAGGAAGUCAUUCAGCGUCAGAAAAAGGCCUUAUCUGAGCUUCGCGCACGAAUUAAAGAACUUGAGAAGGCCAGUUCGUCAAAUCAUAAGGACCACAUGGAUGGAUCAUUUCUAGACUUAAAGACCCUCGGAAUGGAAAAAAAUGUUCAGAAAAUAUUGGAUGCAAAACCUGACUUGCCAACUUUUUCAAGAGUAGAGAUCCGAGCGCCUCAAAAUGGCCUUUCCAGCCCAGGGUCCAUCAUGGCCACUGAGAAGUUAGGGAAAACGGAUGUGGCUGAGGCUUUAGAUCUUAGUGAAAAGCUGUACAUGGAUAUGAGCAAAACCCUCGGGAGUCUGGUGAACAUCAAAGAUAUGUCAGGUCACGUGUCCAUGAAACACCUCUCCCCCAAAGAGAGGGAGAGAGUCAGCCAGCUUCGACAAAGAGACCUCGACCUGGUGUUUGAUAAGAUCACCCUACUCAAGAACCAGCUGGAGAGAAAAGAAGAGCUUUUGAGAGGAUACGAGAAAGACAUUGAACAGCUCAGGCAGAGCAAAGUGUCGGUUCAGAUGUACCAGUCACAGGUGGCAAAGCUGGAGGACGACAUCUACAAAGAGGCCGAAGAAAAGGCGCUACUGAAGGAGGCCCUGGAGCGCGUGGAACAGCGGCUGCACCAGGAGAAGAGGGUCAACAGGGCGAUCAGGCAGCAGAAGGAACGUUUAGAGGACCUCGUACAGAGAAAUGCCAAAGAAUCAGCACCUUGCAACUGUUCCUUCAAAGAGAAAGAGAGGCAGAGACGAAAGUUUGUGGAGAUGGUGAAGAACUCAAAGAUGCAGAACUCAAAUUUCCAGGUUGGAGCCAGAAAAGGCACCCCAAAGAUGGACCAAGAAAGGGAGAUGCUGAAGAGGGAAGUGUCCAGCAAAUCCAGCCAGAGCCUUCUGUUUCCUAAACCUGGUGGAAGGAACUAG